AUGAAGGCAACAGAGGGCCCAGAGCCAGGAAACCACACUCUGAUGACCAAGUUUGUCCUCUCUGGAUUGUCCAACCACCCAGAACUGCAGCACGUGCUCUUCUCCACAUUCUGUUUCCUGUACAUCUUCACCAUCAUUGGGAACUUUCUCAUCUUUGUGGUCACGGUGCACCCCACCCUCCACAUGCCCAUGUACUUCUUCCUCCGGGUCCUGUCCUUCCUGGAUGUCUCCACAGCAUCCAUCGUUGUCCCCAGGAUGCUGGUAAACUUCCUGUCAGAGGACAGGAGCAUUUCCUACGUGGGCUGUGUCACACAGCUCUACUGUGUGAUUUUCUUAGGAGCCACUGAAUGGUACCUGUUGGCAGCCAUGGCCUAUGACCGUUACGUGGCCAUAUGCAACCCCCUUAGAUACGCAAUCACCAUGAACAGCAGAGUUUGUCUCUCCCUGGUCCUCCUGUCCUGCUGCAGUGGGAAUGUUGUGUCUGUGGUGCAGACAGCCUGGGUGUUCACACUACCAUUCUGUGGGCCCAGGAGGAUUAACUACUUCUUCUGUGACAUCCCCCCACUCAUCACGCUCUCCUGCACCGACACCUCUUCGUAUGAAAUACAGAUCAUUACUGCCACAGUGCUGGUCAUCCUUACACCGUUUUGUCUCAUCCUGGUAUCCUAUGCCUGCAUCAUCUCCAGCAUCCUGAAGAUUUCCUCUGCAGAGGGCAGACGCAAGACCUUCUCCACCUGCUCCUCACACCUCAUUGUUGUAACGUUGUACUGUGGAAGUGGGAUCGUGAUUUACUUACCACCAAAAUCCAGCACCUUGCAGGACACUAAGGAAAUCCUGGCUCUCAUAUACACAGCCGUAAUUCCCACACUAAAUCCCUUGAUUUACAGCCUGAGGAAUAAAGAAGUGAAAGAAGUACUAAUCAGAAAGAUGGCUGAGCUGAUGAACAAAUAA